ACCAAGAUUGAAUACUACAGUUCUUCUUCAUCAGCUCCUGUGUCGAAAGCAUUGCUGAAUAGGUGCACCGGCUGGGUUACGAAGUCGGACGAGCUUGUUGCCGCCAGGUUGGGCACCGUGAAAACAGAAUGCGAUGAAUGGGCCUCUUUUAUUACCGCUUUACGCAGAGAUUGUAUCUUGUUUCCACCUGAUGACUUGCAUUGA